UUACGAAAUGGACAAUCAAAAGAAAAAACGAGUGAAGUACGCUCAAGAUUACACGCUCCUGACGGAUGCAAUUUCUAUAAAAGGGAACGAUACAAUGCUAACUGAAGGGGUAUCGCAUAACUCCGAGCCAGAUAUUGUCGGCCAAGACGUGCCGGCCUGCCGGCGUAUGUUUAGAGCAUUUUUCACAGCGGAACACGAAUUAUGCGUGUCCUCGCCGCUGUCGGUGGUGGAGUCGGACGCUGCGAGCACAGUGUCCGACGACUUGUCUACGGGCAGUUCGGAGGAGUUCCAGCCAACCGCUGCUACCAAGAAGCGGCGACUGGAAGUCGCGGACCGUCAGCCGGGGCUUGUCAGCAACGCCAACUCCAGCGACCGGCUGGUCGUGAGCACAGCCGCUGACAAGAAGGGGAACGCCACCUUGCUGCCGGCCGUCGAUGACUUCUCUCGGGAAGACGGAGCCGAACCAACAGCCGAACCGGAGGAACAGCAGCAGGACCUACCGGACGGACCGGCGAGCCGAUUCCGCAGGUCCGGAGGUUCGCAGAAGCCCCGCGUAAAACACCGUCACGUGAACCAGCUGGUAUCAAGCAAGCGUCAGGAGCCCAAGCAAAACGAAAACCAAAUCCUCUGGCCGUCCAAGCUUCCAUUCUCCUUCCCGUUAAAGACGGUUGUCGAUCUGGCGGCAUUCGGCCGAGCGGCAGUGGCGGACAAAGCAAGACUGGCGGAUUUCGUGGCGGGGUUUUUAUUGGCAAACGGGGAACAAAACCACCCGAUCGUGCGGAUGAUUAAAAAAAAUAAAGAAAAAACUAAACUGAUCCGCACAGUCAUGAGGGCACUGUUGGACGAUGAUCUCGUGUCGAAGUGUGUGUGGGACACGCCAACCGGUGGGAAGGUAGUGCGUUGGAAAAUAUACGAGGACGGAUGGUGGGCCAUCUGGUGCGCCAUCAAAGUUUCGUUUAACUACACGGACGAUUUUGAAGUCUUCAAGGAAGAAUGGCGAAUAAUAUCCCAAAGUUGGCACUACUGCAAGGUCAACUCCAGCAACGAUUGAGAAUAAAAUCUUUAU